UGAAAUUGAAUCACAAAUUUCGUCUUGUACCAGUUGAUGAAGAAAGUGCUAACAUUUCCAACUUUGAAGAAGAAUUGAAGAAGUUGCGAGAUAAUACAAAGAUUCCCGAUUAUAAAAAGGCUGGAUUAUACGAAGAUUUGAUUGCCCGCUUACGUAACUAUCGUGAAAGCAUUAAUACGCCUCCACUUAUUCAAAUCGCUGAUCAACCCCGAUUUAUUGUACCAGAUUAUCCGUUCCAUGAAGAAUUUCCCGAUUUGUGGUCUAGACUUCCAGAGGUACGCAGUACCGAGAAGGGUGAAUUGGUGCUUAGUGAUCAAGUUAUACCCAACACUAGCGUCAAACAAUUACUAGACUAUGCUUUGAGUAAAAGUUCAAAGAAACCGAACGGCUACGAAGUUUUGGAUACUUUUCUCAAGAGUAAAGGCUUGGACAUUGAGAAAGCCCGCCAAGUCAUCACCAAGACUGAACCUUUGGACGUGAAAAAGGAACCUGUAUAUAAAAAACUUGCUGUAUCUGCUAACCGGCGAAAAGUUGGAUUGAAAAGUACUGUUCGUAAAACACCGGCAGCAUUGAAAAGUAG